CACGUUCCGAAAAAAAGAUGAUCGGUUCAGCCACACGUGACGUGUUUGUUUGGCAGCAGCUUUGAAACCAAACAACGCCUCGGCAAGCCAGAAACAGUCAAGUACCAUCAAACCAAAAACCCAAAAUGUCCUUCCAACAAAUGCAACAAGAAGCUCCCGUACUCAAAUACCCCGAAGACUUUGGUCUCCAUCCAAAUGUCUCCCUUGAAAACGCAGCAAACAUGCUAUUCCGCGCCAUCCAAACCUCUCAAACCCUACCCUACAACUGGACUUUUAUCGACAAGCCACAAGAAGGUCAAAUAUACCUCUUGUUCAUGCCAAAUCCCGCUCAACCUCUGAACGACGGCAUCCGAUGGCAAGACCAAGAGAAUCGAUACACAAUGCCCGUCCAACGUGGUGCACGGGAACUCGAAGUCGCAGAAGUAAAAUACGGCUUCAUACCCAACUCCCAAGACACAACCGCAUGGCGUAUGCGCAGGCGCUACCGCCUCCACAAAGGUGGCCACCCCCAACUAGUGCUCAUCCACUACUCCCGCGUGCCUCCGAUCCAGAUCGUGCCAUCGCUCUUAAACAACCCCAUCAGGCACUACCCACUACGCCAAAUCACCGACCCUCCUAUAUAUGUCAUGGGUGAUAGGGCGGGUCAAAAAGCCUUCCCACACGCCGCAGGCCCGCAUCAAGGGGGUAUGCCCCAAGGAGGCAUGAACCCGCAGGCAAUGAUAGCGCAGCAGAAUAGUAAUAUGGAGGCUAUGGAGAGGAGGAGGGAACGGGAACGGACAAGAGAUGGGAAUGGGAAUGUAGGGCAACGGCCUGGUCCUCCACGAAUGGAUGAUGACGAGUCCGCAGAUGAAUCCGAAUUGUUAUCAACACGGACGCUAGCAAUAACGAGAUAUCGGAGAAACCACGAGUUAAUGGAAGAAGUCUUCAGGCAGGCAGCUUUUGACAGCAAAAAACCUUUACCAUCAAAAAGAAUAUACGAGGGGUUUGACAAAGCAGAAUUAGACGCUAAAAUGGCUAAACUGCAAGACGACGUAGAGGCACUUCAGGCCAAGGCUGCUGUGCGUAAGGCACAGAAAGUAGCAGCGGACGACGUGGUAGUUACAGCAAGCGGUCACGCGAUGGAACUAACUACUUAGCGCUUAGCCAUUAUACUUUAUCUUGCUGCUCGUCUUAUCUCACGCAUAGAUCCCACAAACAGUUAUGGUGAA